AUGGUUUAUAAUAUUGGAAGAAAAGAUAAUAUAAGAAGUAGGGAUGAUAUUAGAACAAGAGAUGAUAACAGAACUAGAGAUGAAAUUGGUAGAAGAGAUGAUGGUUAUAAACCUUGGUUUAGAAACAGGAGCAAUUAUUCUAAUUCCAAAUCCUCAUCAAAAUAUUUAAAUAAUUCCAAUACUUCAGAAGAUACUAAAGAUUAUUCUAAUAGACAUAAAUAUCAUUUUCAAUCUGAUCGCAAUUCACCAAAAACUCCAUUUGAUACUCUUAAUAACAAUAAUAAUACAAAUAACUCUAAUAAUACACAGAAUAAGGAUAUAAAUAAGGAUAAUGAGGAUAAUAAUGAGAAAAAUGAGAACAUAGAAGAAUUGGAAGAAGAAAGUAUAUUUUCAAAGUAUAAGAAUGAGAGGAAUUGGCGUUAUAAGAGUAGAGAAAUAUCAGAUGAACGUCGAUUAGUAAUUUUAGUUCGAUGUUUGGAUUCUGAUGUCACUGAAGAUAAUAUUGAGUCUGUAGUAUCAGAAAUAGCAAUUAAAAAUGGAUUUUCAACCCCUAACAACGUUAGCAUUUGUUCAUUCCAUACGAAUAAUAUUUCUGGUGAACUUAGGCCUAUUAAUACAGGCACUAUUCAUUCUCAAUCAAGUGUACCAGGUUCUGGAAUCACAUUGGAGCGUGUUGGAAUAGUGAAAUUCCCUUCAACAAGUGCCGCAGAUCGUUUCAUGUCAUCUACACGUAAACGUACAAUUAAAAUCAAUGGCCGAGAAUAUUAUAUUCAAUAUGACACGAGUGAUAAUGUGACUGAUGAAAGUGAAGUGGCAAAUACAGAAUUAGCUGCGGCAAUGUCAGACGUAACAAGUUUACUUGAAAAGAGAAAAUUGAAUUCUGAUUGGACCUGUCCUUCAUGUAGAUUCUUAAAUUUUGCACGUAGAGUAGUUUGUCUUACUUGUGGUCUUCCAAAACCUACUGAUGAGGAGGUGGAAAUACAAAAUAAAGCUAUUGAAAUUGAAGCCAUGAAUCAGGCUAAAAUAUUACAAUCAAGUCUAUCAGAUAUUUCCUCAUGGCUAAUACUCAAAAAUCUAUCACAAUCUGAUGAUAUAAUCAAAUUAAUCAUUACAUUAAUUAAUACUAUACAAUCAUCUAUAGAUUAUAUUCAACGUGUUAUUUAUAUUACUCCCGUUACGGUGACUGGUCCAACUACUAAUAUUACGGGAAAGGGAGCUGAUUCUAUGGGUAUGGAGUGUACUAGUAGUAAGGAUACUGAGGGAACUGGUGCCGUUGGAGCAAGCACCGUAACGGACACCCUAACGGAAGAAACUAGAAAUGGAUUUAUGUUUAUAAUAUUUAAUAAUAAUAAUAUAAUUGAACAAUAUUUGAAAAUGAAGGGAGGAAUAAGAACAUUUUUAAUACAAUGUAAUAAUUUAUAUUAUAGAGUUGAUACUGUUAAUUCUAGAGAACGUCAUGCCGCUGAAGAAUUAUUCAAAAAAAUCAAAUUACAAACUCUUAAAAAUUCAUUCCAUACCAAUACCCUUAUUAGUAACUCCUUUAACCCAAAUAAUACCCUUAAUCCUAAUAAUACCCUUAAUCCUAAUAAUACCCUUAAUCCUAAUAAUACCCUUAAUCCUACUACUAUGGUCAACACUGGUAUUAUGGUCAACACUGGUAAUUUGGUAAAUCAAAUGAUUAAUGGAAAUAUGUUGGAUAUGAAUGAUAUAAGUAAUUUGAAAAUAAAAUAUACAAGUAUAAAUAAUAUAAGAAAUCAAUUAAGUAUAAGUGAUCCACAUGAGAUAAAUAAAAUGUAUAUGAAAAGUUGGAUGUCGGAAUGUAUAUUAUUACCAAAUGGGAAACCAGAUAUUGGUACAUUUCAAUAUGAUCCCAAUUCUGAUUAUUUCUUUGAUCAUCAACUUUCAUUAUAUUAUGAUGCCGCUAGUGGUUAUUAUAUGUCACUCACUGGUAAUUAUUUCAUCUAUAAUGAACAACAACAAUCAUUAAUACAUGUUAUACCAAAUAAUAAAUCUAUACAUUUCAAUAAUCAAUCCAAUAGUGACAGUGUGAGUGUUAAUGGGAGUGGGAGUGAAGGAGUUAAUGUAGUAGAUGGAGGAGUUAGUGGUAUGGAAGGAGUAGAUGAAGUUAAUGAAGUUGGUAGUGGAGUUAGUAAAAUAUUAAAAUCAGCAAUGAAAAUAGCAAAAGAAUCACAAAAUAAUUUAAAACAGUUAAUUAAUAUACAAUCACAAAAUCAACAACAAAAUACAAUAAUGAAAAAUGUGAAGAAUAAUGAAAAUGUAAUAAAGAAUAUAAAAAAUGUUAAGGAGAGAUUUGAAUUUAAGAAUGAAUCUGAUGAUGAAUGUGAUAUGGAAGUUGAUACAACAAAUAGUAAUGUAAAAGAAGUUAAAUCAUUAGGAAAUGGAAUAAAUUAUGAAAAAGGAAUAGAAAUUAAUAAUAUUUGUUUUAUUUGUCUUCGAAUGUUUGAUAAUAUUGAAAAUCUCAAUAUACAUCAACAAGAAUCCAAAUACCAUCAAGCACUACUCACACAUAACAAUAUUUAA